AUGAUGGUUCAAGCGUAUCGUCCGGAAGAGCUUCGUGCUCCGUUGGAUGGAAUCUUCUGCCACCCGUUAUUAAGGACGGUGAUAGUAACUACGGCGGUGGCAGAGACAUCGUCGUCGUGUGCUUUCCGUCCAUUCCCACCCUGCGGUGCUUCGAUAGCCCUGUCCGGUCCGCCUCACAUCACUUCGUUCCACAAAUUCCAUAUUCACCUCAAGCGUCUCCCUCCGUGCCUCAUCUUCUACAUGGCAUAUUCAGGUUUGAUGAAAGCAGAACUGUCGGUCUUGUACGAACGUGACGCCGAGGCUAGCGCUGGCGAGUCGUUCGUCACCAUGACGCCCACCCAAGCGACCGUCUGUUAUGCGAAGGACUGGCUGUCGAUUUUCCGCCAGUAUGACAUCGACAACGACGGUUUCAUUCCAUUCCACGAGAUGUCCAGAUACAUUGACGAAGUUGGCCACCAGUUUGACCUCACACGUGACCAGAAGAUGGAACUUCUGGCUGGUGUCGAUAGAAACGCUGACAAAUACAUCGAUUUCUCGGAAUUCUGCUUCAUGCUGUGCCGAGCCAAAAAGAUGCACCUGAAACGACUGUUAUUUCAUGCCGCUCGAACGGUCAUUCCAAAAUCACAGAGAGAAGAGCAUUUCACCUACUUGUCUCAGUACAGCUGCAUACCGCCGCCUAUCUUCAUAUUACUUAUCACCGCCGUCGAGGUAAGUGUUUCGUCUCGUUUUUCAGAUGGUUAA